AUGCACAGCCCUAAUUCGGUGAAAGCCAGAAUCAUGUGUGAACUGGUCCCUGAUAGCCUGCUGCGACUUUGGAACACUGCUGAGAAUGAAAAUGAGGAAGUUGAUGGCAGCUGUAUAUGUGGAUUGAAGAGCAAAAGAGGAGUCAGAGUCACUGAGAAGCAGAUUUCCCCAGCAGGAUGUGCAAACACGGACACUUAUCCUGCAAACAGUCCUGAUUCUCUAUCUCAUCAAAGAAUGCUUGGUCACCUAGAGCCACGUGCAGGCGAAUUCCUUCAGAAACCACCGGGCUUCCCAGUGAUGCAGGAAGCAGGCAAUAGUACUCCCAAAGACUGUCAGACUGAAGAAGUCCCACCAGAAGGAACGGAGGAGAUGCACAGAUAUGAGGACCCUUGUGCAACAAGUCCUGAAAACUAUGGGAGGAUGGACUCCUCAAGCAAAGAUGAUCAGGCACUGAGAGCAAACUCAGAUAGCAAAGAAAAGCAACUUGUGCUGCUAGACACUACAAAAAGUGGGGAGCAAUCAGGGGCAUCCACAAACAAUGAAGAAAAGCCUUGUGCAGCAGAGGAUGGGUGGAGAUCGUCUUGCGCAGCAGAACAGAAGACCCAAGUUGAUAGUUUAACAGCCCAGGAAAAAGACAGCCAAGACUCUUUCACUCUGGGAUCGGGAAUUUCCAAGGAAACUUUGCAAGAGUUGAAAAGCCUGUUGAGAGGAAGUCCACUGCUGAGUACCAAGGCCAGAAACAGCAGUAAGCCCAGCGGUACCUCUUCCCAUACUUUCCUGCUGAAAUCUAGCAAUACCCAAAGUAGAUGUGUUGAGACUUUUCAUCCACAUUUAAGAGGAGGCGAUCAGAAAACUCCUUCUGUACACCAGCAUGGAGGAGGGCAAGUAGGGAAGCCGCAAUUGGUUCACAGCUCUGCUGGGCUGGAUAAACAACAAUCCAAAAGUGAGGAUACAGAGCAUCCUUUCGUGAGACAACGGACAUCUUCCCCAAAUGCAGGCAGCUCUCCAGGAAUUAAAUUGGACCCCACUCCUGAAGAGCACAGCAGGGAUCCUGGUGAAAAGAACCCUGGCGGCCAUAUCCCUCUUCGCCUGCUCACUGAGAUUGAAUGCAUUAAAGAGCAGAUGUCCAGGGACAAUGUACAUUUUGUCAGGUUUGAAGCAACGGACCUUCAUGGGGUAUCAAGAUCAAAGAGCAUCCCUUCUCGCUUUUUCCGGGCCAAUGCAAUCCAUGGUGUUUCCAUGCCCAGGGGCUAUCUUGAACUGACUCUCAAUCCAAAGGAUAAUGAAAUAAACCAGAUAAGUGCAAGCAAUUUCAACUGUGACAUAAUCCUGAGCCCUGAUUUAUCAACCUUUCGAGUUCUGCCGUGGACUGAACAAACUGCACGAGUGAUAUGCGAUUCCUUCACUGUAACGGGCAACCCUCUAUUGACUUCUCCCAGGCACAUUGCCAAACGGCAGCUGAGCCAGCUCCAGGACAAUGGCUUUGCACUGUCUUCUGCCUUCACUUACGAGUUUUGUAUUUACAGUGUUGCUGAAAUUGUAAAUUCCAAGACCAUCUCUUUUCCUGCCGCAACCAUCCUCAACAAUCAUGACCAGCCAUUCAUUCAGGAACUUAUUGAUGGGAUGUAUCACGCUGGGGCAAACAUCGAGAGCUUCUCUUCUUCCACAGGGCCUGGGCAAAUGGAGGUCUCUUUCCACCCAGAGUUUGGCAUAGGUGCAGCGGACAGUGCCUUCACUUUCCGAACAGGCAUCAAAGAAGUGGCCAAAAAGUACAACUACAUUGUCAGCUUUUUCACUGAGGAUGGAUUUUGCAACUCUGGCAUUCUGUCACAUAGCCUUUGGGAUAGCUCUGGGCAGAACAAUUUGUUUUCUUCUGCCUCUGGACCCUCGGAGUUCACCGACAUCGGGAAGAAUUGGCUUGCUGGACUUUUGGUGCAUUCUGCAGCUCUCAGCUGUCUGAUGGCUCCAACCGUUGGCUGCCGUAAGCGCUUCAGUGCAUACAGCAAGGAUUCAAAGGAGGCUGUGAAUGCCAAGUGGGCAUGGAAUGAUAACAGCUGUGCUUUUAACAUCAAGAGUCAUGGCGAAAAAGGAACUCGGAUAGAGAACAAGCUAGGCUCGGCAACAGCCAAUCCUUACUUGGUGCUGUCUGCGAUGAUUGCUGCUGGUUUGGAUGGCAUAAAGAGAGGCCUUAGCUUCCAGGAGGCAUCAGAGGAUAUCCAGAACACUGCUCAUUUCAAAGCUGCAACGAUCCCUCUGAAACUGGAAGAUGCUCUUGUUGCACUUCAGGAAGAUGAGUGUAUUAGGGAAGCACUAGGAGACACCUUUGUCCGAUAUUUUGUUGCCAUGAAACAGUAUGAGUUGGAAACUGAAGAAAUGGAUGUGGAAAGGAAUAAAUUUUUAGAAUAUUUUAUCUAG